AUGAGCCCAUCAAGCGAAAAGACGGCUAAAUCUGAUGAAGUGAAGAAGACAAAAAACACCUCAGUGAUGAACAUAGGGUGUCUGGGAAGGUAUAGAGAGCCCUUAGAAAACGCCAUAAACGAAGUCGUAAAAGACGCAUGCGCCCAUAUAGACUUAGUGAAGUUCAGCCACGUAAGAGAGAAAAGAAUAGAGGAAAGCUGCUACGCAAUGCUUCAAGAGAGGGGAGUAGAUAGCGUAGAAGAAUUCAAAGAGUUUUUAAGCACGGUAGAAAGAGAUGAGGAUCUCAUCGAAAACUUGUGUGAUAUGCUUGAAACAAAUGUGUUUCAGAUCAAGCAAAAGAUAACAGAAUUGAAGGAUCUGAAGUCAGGAAACCAUAAUAACGACGAAGAAAUGGCAGAACCAAAUGAUGAAAAAGGUAAGAAACAUCAUUUGGGUACAGACCACCUUGUUCGCAAUGAGCAAAGCUACUCGAGUUCUUAUCAGAAUUGGAGGCAACAACAAGAACGAAUGAAGAUUUGCUCGCUCUCAGAGCCGCGCUGGAAUCGGCAUUUAGCGGACUUGGAAGGCCAAUCACCAGAGGAGAAAGUCCACGGUGAGAGUUCAGAACCUAAUAACUACUUCAUGGCCUUUUUACAAGCUGCAGCAUGCGCUGAUCCAGGAAUAUUCCGAGGUAGAGAAAAAGACAAUUUCAAGGAAUUUGUGAGGCGCUUUCGUAGAAAGUAUUGCCCUGUUGUCAAAGACGAAUUUACCCUUAUUGAAAUACUGGGAGAUGACCACUUGGGUGGCCGCGCUAAAAGUCUCUUCCUAGCUAUGCCAAGCGGCAUCAAACAACGGGGUUUUCAAGCUGUUGUUGACGAGCUCAGCAACAUGCUUGCGUACGAGUCAACAGCGGCUAGAAUUCGAGCCUUAACUGAUCUUCGGAAUCUGAAAAUAAGACCAGGUCAAAGCAUUGUAGACUUCUGUGUAGUACUAGAAAGCCUAGGAAAGAAAGCAAACCCUGAAAGUACAAUCGAAGACCUAAGAAACAAGAAAAUCACUAUACCUAUACAAAACCGAGAACAUGAACCCUUCGUCAUCAAGAAAGGAGAGAAACUCGGCGAAUGGGGAACCGAAAAAUGGCUUACCAAGUGGGAAGACUGCACCAUGUUGGACCAGGAAAGCUUCAAAAUAAGCAUCGACGAGAAGCAAAAACUACUCCAAGAGCAAAUACAGCAAAAUCGAAAAGAGAACAGCAUUGAGGAAGAUCUUACAAGCCUUCUGAUCAGCUAUGCCGACGUAUUUGCUGUAUGUGAAAAGGAACUAAGCCAGACCGACCUAGUGAGGAUGAGUAUAGAUACAGGGGAUAGCCAACCAGUCAAACUCAAGACACGACCAGUUCCUUUGGGCUUACGGAAAAGGCUGAAGGAAAUGUUACAAGAUUUAGAGGACAGAAAAAUCAUAGAAAAGAGCAAUUCAGACUGGGCAUUCCCUAUUGUACUAGUUGAGAAAAAAGAUGGUAGCAUCAGGUUAUGUGUCGAUUAUCGUGAACUCAAC